AUGGAUUCUGCGCGUGAGCAUUGCGCAGGAGCCGGGCCGGUGCCGCCGCCGAAUUCUCCGAAUGCUCGAGCCGAGCUCGAGCCGCUCGACCUGCAGGAUGGACUGCGCAGUGGGCACCGGCGAGGUGCCGCGGACAAUCUGUGGAACGACCUGGCUGCAUAUUUGCAACCGCAGGAAGCCUCCGCAGAACGGCUCAGCAUUCUCAGCAGCACCUUGGAGGACAUUUUGAUGCCCUUUGGAGUGGUGGACCCCACUGUCGCCUUGGGUUGUCCACUGGGCACCAGCGCGGCCCUGCAGGAGCUUGCAUCGGUUUGCGUUGGGCUCCUGGGUGAGGGUUGUCUACAACGUGGUCUCAGGCUUCUUCAUCUCUCCAAGCUGUUUAUGUUGUUCCAAUUCAACGACUUUGGCGCCUGGUUCAGCUUCUCCCGAUGGCGCACAGAUAUGCAGCGCAUCGCCAGUUCGUCACAGGCUCUUCACUCAGCUGCCAAGAGCCAAACCGCUGGCGCUGUGGGCGCUGUGGAUGUGGUGGAUCCCAGCUUCAAAGAGCCAGGCUGGCGAAUAGGUUUAGUCACCUACUGCAAUUACAACAAUAGCGCCACGAAUCUCACAGCGCAGUCACGAAGCAGCAAAGGCGCCUAUGCCAAGAAACAUGGCUACAAGCUGUUGCACAUUGAAGAGCCUUUCGUGACGCAGGCACAUCCGUGGAUGAACAAACUCAUUGCAAUCCAACGGAACCUGGAGGACUAUGACUGGCUCUUCUGGGUGGACUGCGAUCUGUUUUUUAUGAAUCCAGCGAAAACAGUUGAUGCGCUAAUCCAUGCAGCCUUCACAAGGACGCCAGAUGCCUCAUUGUUGAUUGCGGAGGAUGGAAUGAUGCUGAAUAGCGGCUCUUUUCUUCUCCGGAACAAUGCCUGGGGCAAGGACUUUCUGGCGCGAACUGUUGAUCUACUUUCAGCACCAAUGCCACAGUCCUUUCAGCACAUGCCAUGGCAUGAGCAGGCACCAUUGAUGUAUUUGGGUCUGGUGCCGUCCGUCUUGGAGGGGCUGCAGUCGCCAUCUAUGCCGGGUCCACUGUCUGCCGGCUACGAUUCGCACGUGGUACUGCUAAGGCAGAGAGCCUUGAACUCCUAUCCACAAGAGUUGGUGCAGAAGACCAAGCAUGCUUUGCCUCACGACGGCUUUGAGGAGGGAGACCUCGUCAUCUCCUUCAAUGGCUGUUCCUCGGUCUUGGGACGCGACUUUUGCGAGGACAUGUACCAGCGCUACCAUGAUGAGUCAGCCUGA